CAGCUCUAAGUCGUAGAGGAGAUGGAAGUUAGAACACGCCUUAGCUUUUACAGCUCGGUGGUAUAACUUCUUGAGGAGGCAUGCUUCUUCUUGGCAUGGCACGCACCUGUGGUUUUACAAAUACUCGUGGCAGGUAUGAUGUUAGAAGGACUUGCCUUGGUGUGGGUAUGCACAGACUUAUAAACGGCUGCAGAAGGUCUUUCAUGCCAAUGCCUUAAUAUUUAAGUCGGUUAUGACGAUUGCAACUGUUUGUGUGUUUCCCUGGGAUCAUUACCUGGUUACUGUGUCACGGUGUGGCGUUUAGUGGUCAUAGUCACUUAAUAUCUAGGCGGUGUCUGCUUUGACUUACAUGUACUUUGACAGAGAGGAUUACUGCUAUCGGCGUCGCUGUGCAGCGGAAGACAGUUCAACCAAUUGUUGUGUUCGUGUGAGAACCCGAGUAGCAGGAUUCUGAACUUUCAAGAUUAUCACAGGUUUUGAAAACAAACACGCAUCACGGAAUGGUUCUAGCUCACUGCUGUGAAGGAAAUCAGUUUGCUCUGACGGUGUGUUCUAACUGAUAUUGAAGUGUCGUCUUUUCAGGAAUCAAUGUGCAUUACAAAUGCUGAACCAGAUGUUUAUUUUUCGUAGAAGAUGAAUUCUAAAUAUUUCUUGCUCUCCUUGGAAUAGUUUUAGAGUCGUGUGCAACCUUUUUAUACAGCAUUGAUAAGUUUGUUCUUUCAUAAAACACAACAGGAUCGUUCUCGUCCAGUCGUCCUUUUGGUAAAAAGAGUUGCCAACUUUCCCCAACCUCAAUUUCGUUUCAUACAUCAAUACCACUUUGCAAUUGAUAACCAGUUACGCUUGUUAUUAAUACAAGCGGGGGUUCACAGCUGUGGCAUGAUAACUCCACGUAUGCGUUCUACCUGAACUUCAGUGUAACGCUAAUCAACAUUUUUUGGAUGUUCAUUUAAGCUAUUAACGGUUUUACUGUUUGCUCACCCACAGCAAAAAGCUCUCUACAACGGAACACGAACAACGUUACCUGAACAUGUAACGCAUGCGUGGUGUUAUUGCAACAUCCUGAUUACAGUGUCUCACCUACUAUAUUGUCAUCACCAUGGUUACCGUAAAAGAAAACGAUAGAACAAAUUUGUUCCAAGGUGCUACUUACUUAUCAGGAUAUGAACUCUCUGCCUUCACAGGGUUCCAUUUGGCGUAAACUUGGUUAUUACCAGCCAAAAGUGUGUUAUAUAACGGCAUAACUACCAUCCGGUGAAGACAUGCGCAGUGAACCAACGGCGCUACCACUGCUUAUACAGUAAUUCCUCUCAUGAUGAUGAAAAUACAAAGUUGCCGGCAACAGACUUUGAAGUUCCUGGACAGCAGACCCGCUCUGAUUGCCGUGUGUACACUGGUCGUCAUUGAGUGUGUCUGCGUGCUGGUGGAGCUCAUGGUCGACCUGCAGGGGAUUAGGUUCAGAUUUGAAAAUGAAGAACACGAAAUUCAAAGAUUUGUGGAUUAUCUGAAAAAGACCUACCCAGAGGAAUUUCAUUCUUUUGAAGGGAGGACGAUGGAGGAUAUCAUCUACAAAUUGCAGAGUAAUAUCAGAUUAAACAAUGAGAAUGAUCUAUACUGUUUACCUUGCAACUGUAGGCAGAACCCCAACAUAACUAUGCCAAACCCUAAGGAUUACACAUUAAUCAAAGACACAGCUAAAGCCAAUGGAAAACCUGUAAAUAGUUCCUCCAAAUCUUCUCAGAGUGAUAUUGUGACUACAAAACCCUUGACUAGUGGGAUAUUUGACGAUGGAGGGGGUGGUGCUACCCAUUUUACGGAAUUGCAUGAUGGCAAUAGUGUGAUUCAAAACAGGACAACGUCAGGUAAUGAUACAGUUGCUCCUCUCGACCUCAGCAAAUUGUUUGUUUUGGAGAUUAACAACGUUAAGGAGAGUUUCUUUCUUGUUGCGGAGUACUACCCAGAGCACGUGGCUCAGGACACGACGAAGCAUCAGCAUUUCCACAGCGAGUAUGAGAAAAUACACGAAGUCUCCACCGGAAUCCAUCUCGGGAGUCUGGCGAUACUAUCAAUUAUGGUUAUCGAGACUUUCAUAAAGCUGUUCUGUGUUGGUUUAAAGUUUUUCAAGAAAAAAUUCGAGGUAUUUGAUGCUUUUAUAGUGAUAGCAUCCUUUGCCUUGGAUUUCAUCUUUCUGGAUAGCCGCUGGUAUGAGACAGGGAAAGAUGCUACAACCAUCCUUGUCUUGCUACUACCGUGGAGAGUAGUCCGGAUUGUAAAUAGUUUCUUAAUGACGGUGAAUCAUAAACAUCAUAUUGAAAUGAUGACCAUAAAACGCGCCAAAAAGAAGAGUGAGGUGAAGAAUGCAAAGCUGAACACAUUACUGGCAGAAAUACGGAAAGAUGUCCAGUUGUUAGUCGCCCUGUGCAAAAGCAGAGAUAUCCCUGAGAUUGAAAUAUCAGCAUGCGUUUAUGGCAAAGGACGACAUAAUGCAACAAUAGCCGCCAUGUCAUCAUUCGCAUCACUAAUGCUGAUCAGUACACUGGGUAAAAACGCUAUAUACGAGGACGAAAUAUAUGGCAAACUCUUCAGAGAGGCUCUGGCAGACGAAGACGAAGACGAGGACGAAAACGGAAAUGACGUAAAAGAGGAAACGGAAGUGGACGAAGCGAUUGAGAUUGAUGUAAAACCAGCCAAAAAGGUAGAGACUAAGAAAAAGAAGCCCAAAAAAGUUCUUUGGAAGCGAAGUCAUACGGUCCCUCGUAGAAGUCAUAGUAUUGAAAAUAUUGAAAAUGGGAACGUGUUUUACGUCAACGAUGGUUUCUUAAGUGCGACAGCCAAAGAUGAUAGAGCUGCGUCGGAAGAAGCACGUAGAGCUAGUUUUCACAGUAAAGCCUCAGUUCGUAGUACACCUGGGUACACGAGGGGGAGCAAUUAUGUGGUGAGUGACUUUCGAGGUCACAACACAAGUCACAUACCUCUGAGCCGCGAUGACAACUCGGAAGAAGAGAUCAAUGUGUGAUACGAGGCACAUACCAGGACCCAGGAAUGUGUAGUCUUUUGUCAAAUAUCCCAUUAUUCUUCUAAUGCAAUAUAAGCCUGCACAGGGUUGUUUUUUACCAGCUUCAUUUAGAAUGUUGUCUGAACAGUUCCUGUUCUAGAAAAUAUUCUUUUCAGGAAUUUCCACUAUUUCUUGUUGAAAUGAUUAUUGUUGUCAUAAUGCCUUACAUUUCUGUAACUCUGAGAUCCUUAUACGUAGAUAAUAUAUAUGCACUAAUGAGAAUGACAUUACACGUAUAGGACGUUAUUGCGGUAAUAAUGUCAUUAAUGGCAUGGCAUUUUCGUGCCAAAUGUAAUUGUCAUUCUCUACUAGAAUGAACAGGUGAUAUGGAAUGCCAUAUCCUGGCGAUGAUUAGUGAUCAGCUAAAUUCUUAUCCUCAACAUAUUCACAACAGUGUAUCAUUUGUUCUUCUCAUUCUACCCUCUUUAUGUACAAAACAACAACUGUUCCUGGAUUUUCUUUCAGAGAACAGGUUAUUAUAUUUGGUAUUUUGAAAAUCACAGGUUAUGGUCAAGUUGUCCACAAUGGCGUUGGUCACGAUGUGUUUCAAAGAAGUCAAAAUAGCCACAGACCCCUGGUCCAAAUGACGUCAUAAAAAGGUAAAAUAGACGACACGGCCGCACACAAAAAUCAAAAUUGCCGCGUACUAAUCAUAAACAAUAUACCUACAUGUUGUUUAUAUUGUUAUUCAGUUAAUACCAAAUAUCAAUAGUAGUUGACGCUUUAGCAUCACAUGGUACAUUAGUUCAUAGCAUAUCUGACAGUACUUACAGAUUUCCGAGUACAUUUCAGUCGUCACUGACAGUGUGCAUUCAGAUUACUGAGUUUUUAGCAAUAUUCCAGAACUAUCACGUCGGGGGACACCAGAAAUAGGCUUCACACAAUGUGCCCAUGUGGAGAAUCGAGCCCGGGUCUUCGGCGUGAAGAGCGAACGCCUUAACUACUAGGCUACCCCAUCGCCCUUCUUUCAGAUUAGGGCAGAUGGACAGCAACUCAGGUGGAUUAAGAUUUCCAUCCUUAUUGACAUACAAGAAUGCAAAUAUCUCUCCCCGGUGUCUGUAUUCCUGAGAAACUAUGACAACUAGGUUGGGGAUAAUGGGAAUCAUCGAGGCAUCUGAUCCAUAUGGUUUGGCAAAUGGAAAUGAUAUAAUAUGGUUUUGUGAUGAAAUGGUGGCAUACUAGGCCGUUGAAGAGGUCAGGGGUCAAAUUCGAAAAGUGUAUUUUGCAGCCGUCUACUAAUGACUUAAAAGUGCUCUUUGAAGUAGCUGUCUUGACGUUUGGUUUGAGGCCAUUUCGACUUUCUAACCAAGAUAUUUUGAGUAUGGUUAAUGUGGGUGGUCAGUUUGACUACUGUGGCUAUUGUGAUCUUGUCGUUCGAAUUGUUUUUACG